AUGGGGAAGAUGGAGAGACGUCUUCAAACCCUCUGGUACCGCCAUGGUACAAUUGCCAAACAUAUAGGUCUCCUGAUUAUAGUAGUUCUAUAUUUACUACUGGGAACCGCCGCUUUUGUAUUCAUUGAAGGUAGCUAUGAAGAACAACAAGCAGAGGUUAUAGCUGACAUGAUGGAAGACGUUUUAAACGAGACCAAAGAAGACAUGUUAAACUCAAACAUUUCAGUAAUAAGAACCGUGGCUGAGCGUGAGGAUUUCGAUGCGAUCCUUAAAAACAGAUUAGAAAGUUUUGGAGACCAGUUAUAUGAACUGUAUGAGUAUAGACAUGCUAAAGGUGUAGUGACGUGGGACAUGUAUUCAUCAGCAUUUUACUGUUUCACAGUUAUGACUACUAUCGGAUAUGGUAAUAUCGCGCCAGCUACACCAGCGGGUCGUGCAUUAUCCAUUGUAUAUGCCAUAUUUGGCAUCCCUCUCCUACUUUUACUUUUAUCUGUCAUUGGUCAGAAUCUUGCUAGACCAUUCAGAGUACUGUGUCGUAAGCUGAAGUGCGGCAAAUCGAAAUGCUGUACUCAACAAGUUUUCGCCGUAGAUGACAUGCAUUCAUCCGGUUUAUUUAUCAUAAAGCGAACGGCUAUCGACAACAGGGAUACAGAUGGAGUGACAACAGGUGACGAGCUCUUCUCGACAUUCAGAAGAAAGGUAUAUCGGAACUCUGCAACUCAGACAGAUGCAUCAACGGAGUGUGAUCAUGCAAAUGAAUCUAUCAUUGCCAUAUUAACUAUAGUAUUCAUUAUCAUAUAUAUCUCUUUUGGAGCAGUAGGCUACGCUUACUCGCAGGAAUGGACAUUAUUAGAUGGGUUUUAUUUUGUGUUUGUAUCUCUUUCUACCAUUGGAUUCGGUGACAUGCUGCCAGAAUUCCAUGCUACCAACAGGGGCCGUGUUGUUGGUCCAUUAACGUCAGUUUAUUUAUUGAUCGGCAUGGCGGUGCUGGCCACGGGAUUUACUCUUGUACAAGAUCAGGUGGGGGCUGUAUUUCGCAAGAUUAAAAACAAGGUUUGCGAAUUUGAUGGUAAUUGA